AUGUGGAGAGCGUUGUCGAAUGCCCUGCCUUCCAUGUGGUAUCUCUUCCAAAGGAAAAUUGUGAAAACUCCAAUUUGUGGUAUAUGUGGUGAUUAUCCAGAGACGAUUGAGCAUUGCUUGUUUCAUUGUCCCUGGACUUUAGCUAUGUGGUUCGGGUGCUCCCUAGGCUACAUUCCUGACAGGGGAAGGAUUUCUCAUCUUGAGGAGUGGUUGUUGGAGAUUCAUAAGAAUGCUGGUAUGUUUUCUUGUGAAAGAGAGGAUGUGUUUAAUCUUGUCUGUUUGCAUUUGUGGGAGAUUUGGAAGCACAAGUGUUCAGUGAUUAUGAGAAAUAGUACUCCAAACCCUAGUCUUGUCAAUGAAAAUAUUCAAAGAGGUAUUUUGAACUGGGAAGAAGCUAGGAUGUCUAUGGUUCAACCCUCUCAGUCUAUUCCAAGACCCAUUUCUUUGUGGGUUCCCCCUCUUGUAAAUGUGGUGAAAAUCAAUUUUGAUGGUGCCUGGAAGGAGUCAAACCACAACAGUGGCUUGGGAAUUAUUAUUUGCAGCCAUAUGGGUGUGUCUAUUGCAGGGGCUAGCCUUUUUCGGUCUUACAAUUCAACUGUAGAAGCUGAGGCUAAGGCUCUUCUUUGUGGUGUCAAAAUGGCGGUGGUUCUGAAAUUGGAGCAUAUUAUUGUCGAAGGGGAUUGUCAAGAGGUGAUCAAGGCUCUAAAUGAGUCUUUAGCUUCUCCUUGUUGGAGAAUCUCCCCUAUCCUAAAGAAGGUCGCUCACUUGGUGCCACUUUUCAGAAGGAUUCAUUGGAACUGGGUUCCACGAGAAGCUAACCGCCUUGCAAAUGCAGCGGCUAAGCUUGCCAUCCAGAGUUUGUGCUCUCAAGAAUGGGCCAACAGGCCUCCAAACUCUUUGAUCAAUGUUUUAAGGAGUGAUGGAUUGCCUGGUCCUCCUUAA